UCUACUUCUUCUUUUGAAUGUUUUGAAUAUUUCAAACAUGGCGUCUGCUAGUACGAGCAAAGGGAUCGUUAAACAGGGUUCUGCAUGGUUUCAACGCAAAAUUAAUCUUCGGCCUGUACAUAGAGGAUGUCAUUUAGUAACUGAUGAAUUGUUGAAACAAGUUCCAGAAAUAUCUAAAUUUUCUGUUGGUCUUUUUCAUGUUCAAAUAAUGCAUACAUCCGCAAGCCUUGCCUUGAACGAGAAUUGGGAUCCCCAUGUACGAGUUGACAUGGAGAUGUUUUUAACACAACUUGUACCUGAAUCAACUCCAUUCAAGCAUUCUUGUGAAGGUCCUGAUGAUAUGCCUGCUCAUAUAAAAGCUUGUUUUCUUGGAUCAAGUCUAACCAUUCCAAUUACAGAAGGCAAAUUAAAUCUAGGGACAUGGCAAGGAAUAUGGUUAUGUGAACACAGGAAUCGAGCAGGUUCUCGUAAAGUAAUUGUCACAAUUAAUGGAGCAUUGGAGGAAUAAAAAAGAGUUACUUUUAUAAUAUAAAUUUUUUCCAAAGCAAAUUAUCCUGUAUUUCCCAGGUAUUGUUGUUUCUUGUCGAUAUGUUUUGUUAAGUAUUUCUUGGAUGUUUGCUGCUUUUUGAGAUCUUGAGCAUGUGUAUACUCAAGGUAUGUACUUUGUUAAGAAAUGUAUAUAGCGAAGUCAUUUAAGUGCAAAAUUUUUCGUGGUUUUUAGUACGAGUAAUUUGCAUUUUGUACUUACUGGCCAUAAUUAAACUUAGAAGAUUUAUGCUCAUGUAUUCCUAUUUCCUGUGCAUAUUUCAAAAUGUUCAGGAAAUGCUUGUUUUGACCCAUAUUGGCUACAAUGUAUCAUGUGAAACCUAAGCAAUAUUGUUUUAUAGUGCCAAAGAAAUACUCUGGUGUGUGUGUGGUAACUGUUGAUUAGUAAAAGUUAAGUCUUUCGAACAUGAGUAUUAAUGAUUUUAUAUUACAUAUAUAUAAAUUUGCAGAGAUAUAUUAAAUAUAUUUAAAAUCUUUUUGGAUUUUGCAAUCAGAUCUGGUAGCUACUGGCCAAAAACUAGUUUCACCCAAAGAGAAUUAUUCUAAUGCUGAUUUUAGUAUUUCUAAGCUUUAAAGUAAUUACAUAAUUAUAUAGCUCUAAAGUAAUAAGCCAUUGUAAAAUAAAAUUAAAAUCAUGCUUCUAAAUUAUUACUAAAGAAUUUUGCAUAUUAUUAAUUCUUUUUUUCUGGAGAACAGAUAAUGCAUAUCUUCUUAAAAAGUCAUGAAAUUAAGAAUUUUGCCCAUAACUAGGAAAAAAUUCUAAAAAGUAUGUGCCUUAUUAGUUGUGAAAAACCAUUUAGAUUCUGAAGUACAGUCAAAAGUCGUUAAUUCGGACACCCAUAAUUCGGAAUGAUCUAUAAUCCGGACAUCAAAACUAAAAACUUUCUGCGCAUGCGCCGCGUUGACACAUGUGCAGAGGCAUUCACGCGUGCGCUUAAGACCUUUUUUACUGCGCAUAUGAGUGUGCGCAAGAGCAGAAUACGUUUUCGCAUGCGCAUUUUAUAUAUAAUGGACGUAUAAGCUAAAAUUAUCUAAUUAUCUAUUUCAGUUAAUGUUGAUGAUUGCGUUGUUCCU